UCAUUCUGGUUUUUACCCUUCGUUUUCCACAAGGUCAUCAAUGGGCGAUCUACACAAAGCCACUGAACAACUUUCCCUGGGAGAUCCUUCCACCGUUUAUGUCGACGAGAUUCAGGGUUCGGACGAAACUGGCACUGGAGAAAGGGAGGCACCGUAUCAAACAUUGAUCUGUGCAUUUCAAAAGCGAGGAGAGAAUAUCAAGAUACUUAUCAAAAAAGAAUCCGAUGGUGAUUAUAAUGAUCCUUCAGGUGCAGCCUUGAAGAAAGCAAAAAAACGCGUAGAGGAACUUGCAAAGAAAGCAAAGAAACUUGAGGAACAGAAGAGAUUGGAAACCGAGAAAGAGCGAUUAUUGUUAGAAGAAGCAAAAAAAAUUGUCCUUGAAAAAGAUCCAAAUCUUUCACAAGCUGUAAAGAUAAAGAUUCGUGGAGCCGUUGCCAAUCGCGGUAAAUAUGUCAAAGUUUCAGGUUGGGUUCAUCGCAUUCGGACUCAGGGGAAAGACAUAAAAUUCGUUAUCUUGAGAGACGGCACUGGCUAUCUUCAAUGCGUUUUCACCGGGAAACUA